AUGAAAGGAGUAAAAAAAAGAAAGACAUUACUGUCGUUUUUCAAACAUAAAGAAAAUUCAUCUACAUCUACGGUUAACGAGGUAAAUCUUCAAUCUUAUGCAUCUAAUACGGAAGAAGAACAACCUGUUUUAAAUUUUCCAAGGGUUGAAAUUGAUCUUAAUAAUCUUGAACGAGAUCCCGCAAUUCGGAUUCCUAUAUGGCAACAUCCAAUAAAUCAACAAGAUGAAAUUAGGCGGUCUUAUAUUAGAAUGGGUCCGUAUCAACCUAAGUUAGAUGAGUAUCCAAGAACUAAGUUUGGAUCACAAACUCAGUAUCGUAGAUUUCAAUACUCGUGGUUUGAAAAGUUUCUUUGGUUAGAGUAUUCUUCAUCAAAGGAUUUAAUAUUUUGUUUUCCUUGUUUUCUUUUCCAAAAGAAAUCACCUAUUAAUCCUUCAUUCACUAUUGAUGGAUUUAAUAACUGGAAAAGGGUUAACGAUGGAGUUAAAUGUCCACUUUUAAUUCACGUGGGAGGUCCUACUUCCUCACAUAGUAAUUCAGUGAAAUGUGUUGAAGAUUUGAUGAAAGUAAGUGGACAUAUUGACAACAUAUUGAAUGCCCAAAGUUUAGAUGAAGUUCAGAAAAAUCGAUUACGACUUAAGACGACAAUUGAGAGUAUUCGAUGGCUUAGUUUACAAGCUUGUGCAUUUAGAGGUCAUGAUGAAUCUUCAUCUUCUAAAAAUCGUGGUAAUUUUAUAGAGAUGAUAAAACUUAUGGGUCGAUUGAAUGUUAAUAUUGGUGAUAUAGUAUUAAAAAAAGCUCCAAGAAAUGCAACAUAUACUUCACCAACUAUUCAGAAAGAAAUUUUGCAUAUUUUUGCAAAUAAAGUAAGAAAAAAAAUACGUGAAGAAAUUGGAGAUGCGAAGUUCUGUAUUUUAGUUGAUGAAGCUAAAGAUAUUUGA